AAGCCCAAUUUCAAACACCAACUUAAAUUAUGGUUUUUAUAUUUCAUAUUAAAUUUUAAAAUAUAAUAUAUGUGAUUAUUUAUAUGAUUGUACGUAUAAAAUAUUAUUAAUUAUAAGAAAACUUAUUUGAUGGUACGUAUAAAAUACGAUUAAUUAUAUGUUAACACAUAUUUUGUAACCUAUGAUAACACAUAUAUGGAUAUAUAUAUAUAUAUAUAAUAGUGAUUAUGGGUGGGCGUUCGGAUUCGUUUUCGGCUCUUUUUGGGAUUUCGUGUUCAGUUCAGAUCUUUGAGAAUUUGGUUCUGAUUUGGAUAACCAAUUUAAAUAGGUUUAGUUUGAAUAUUUGGAUAGAGAAUUAAUAAUUAUUUAAGUAUUUUUAGAGUUUUGAGUAUUUUUUUAUCUAUUUAAGAUAUUUACGUUUAAUUAUUUGUAUAUAUUUUCAAGCAUUUAUGCAAACUUAAAAGUAUCAUAUAUAUUCUGGAUGUUUUGAUAUAUAUUAAAUAUAAAAAUAAUUAAUAUAUAUAAGUAUAUAAAUCUAUGUUGGAUACCCAAAAUAAUUCGGUUCGGAUCGGAUUAGGUUUCAAUUCUUCAAAUACCAAAAUUUUGAAUAAUUCGGAUAAUCAAUUCUGGUUUGGAUUUAGUACUACUUAUUCGGAUUAGGAUCGGUUCGAUUCUUCAAAUUCGAGUUUUUUACCCAACCCUAAAUAGUGACAUAAAAAACAAAUAGCAUCAUAUUUUUUUUAAAAAUACACCCGCACGGGUGUGCGGGUAAAAAUCUAGUUGUCAUUAUGUUUUAACAUUUCCUUAACUAGAGGUUACCGUUUAGCAGCACAUCAUUUUAUGGUUUGAAUUCUCCAUAGACAAACAUGAGACACAAAGACCAUAAACUAAAAUUAGAGAUAUGAUACUGAAAGUCCCAUGUCCGACUCUAUAGGAUCUUUGAUUCAGUCUUGUGUCUUUACAACCUCUCUUUUUCUCUUCUAUUUUUACUUUUUUCAACUACCAUUUUACUCCUUCAUUUAUUUGUUCUCUUCUCCAUCUUUUCUUUCUUUCUCUCCACAAACAAUACAAUAAAACAGUAAAAAUGGCAUUCGGAAAAGGACGUGGAAACAAACGCACUUCUACAUCGUCCUAUGCAUCGACUAUUACAAUGGUCGUCUUUGUAGCUUUAUGUGUCGUUGGUGUAUGGAUGCUUUCUACCAAUUCCUUUAUUCCGUCACAGAUCACACAAGCUACAACUCGAACGGUCAUCGCAGAGACGGAGAGGAGUGAUGUGUCUGCCUCUUCAAACGGUAACGAAGAACCCGAACCAACAAAACCGGAGUCUGAUGAGCAUCCAACGUUUCAGGACAAUCCAGGAAAGCUUCCAGAUGAUGCCGUAAAGUCUGAAGACGAACAACAAAAGUCAGCAAAAGAGAAGACAAACUCAAAGGCAGGAGAUGAGGGAGAGCGACAGAAUCAAAAACAAGAAACCGAGACACAACAGAACAAUGAGAAAGAGAAUAAGAAGAACGAUGAGGGUCAAGUGAAAGAAGUUGUUAAAGAGUUUGAGAAAGAACAAAAGGAACAACGUGAAGAGGACGCUGGGAGUCAACCAGGUAACAACAAAGGGACACAAGAGCAAGAGAAUGUACAAGGAAAAGACAUGCAGGACGUGAAACAAGGGCAAGAUCAGGAUUCUAAUACUGACGUGACGUAUACAGAUGCGACCAAAGAAGAACUACCUUUGGAGGUGGGGAAGAGAUAUGCUUCACAGAAGUCAAAGGAUCAAGAAAACGGACAGCAACAACAACAACAAGAGGAUCAAAACUCCAAAAAUGAAGAAAACGGGCAACAACAACUAGAUGAUCAAAACUCAAAGAAUGAAGAAAACGGACAGCAACAACAACAAGAGGAUCAAAACUCAAAGAAUCAAGAAAACGGACAGCAACAACAACAAGAGGGUCAAAACUCAAAGAAUGAAGAAAACGGACAACAACAACAACAACAACAACAACAAGAGGAUCAAAACUUAGGGAAGGAAGAGAGCGGACAGCAAAACAUGGAGAACAACAACAUGGUUAAUGAUGAAAACGUGAAGGAGCAGAAGAACAUGAAGGAUGAGAAUGGACAACAAGACGAACAAAGCACAACAAAGGAAGAAAACGUGGAGCAGCAACAAGCAGAGCAAAAAGAUGAGAAAAAACAAGAAGGCGCAGGAGCGAGCGGGUUUGGUUCUGGAAUACCAAAAGAAUCUGCAGAAUCACAGAAGUCAUGGAAGAGUCAAGCAACAGAGUCUAAGGACGAGAAACAAAGACAGACAUCUGAAUCAAACAAUGCAGAUAGUAUAAUGACUGGAAAAGCAUGGGAGUUGUGCAAUGCAACUGCAGCUUAUGAUUAUAUACCAUGCCUAGACAACGAAGAAGCUAUAAAGAAACUGACAAGUAGAGGACAUUUUGAGCAUAGAGAGAGGCAUUGCCCAGAAGACCCACCAACUUGUCUUGUCUCUCUCCCAGAAGGGUAUAAGGAGUCCAUCAAGUGGCCUGAAAGCAGAGACAAGAUAUGGUAUCACAAUGUCCCACACACAAAGCUAGCAGAGGUGAAAGGGCAUCAGAACUGGGUGAAGGUCACUGGCGAGUUCUUGACGUUUCCUGGUGGUGGAACACAGUUCAUCCAUGGAGCUCUUCAUUAUAUAGAUUUUCUUCAGCAGUCUGUAAAAAACAUUGCGUGGGGUAAAAGUACUCGGGUUGUACUGGAUGUUGGAUGUGGGGUGGCGAGCUUUGGUGGUUUCCUCUUUGAAAGAGAUGUUAUAGCAAUGUCUCUUGCACCAAAAGAUGAACAUGAAGCUCAAGUUCAGUUUGCUCUUGAACGGAAGAUUCCAGCAAUCUCUGCGGUGAUGGGCACUAAGCGAUUACCAUUCCCAAGCAGAGUGUUUGACCUUAUCCACUGCGCACGUUGUAGAGUCCCCUGGCACAAUGAUGGUGGCAUGCUUCUUCUGGAACUUAACCGGAUGCUUAGACCAGGAGGUUAUUUUGUGUGGUCAGCAACACCAGUUUACCAGAAGCUUGAAGAAGAUGUCCAAAUAUGGAAAGAAAUGUCCGCACUGACAAAAUCUAUGUGCUGGGAACUUGUGACGAUCAACAAGGAUAAACUCAAUGGUAUUGGUGCUGCCAUCUACCAGAAACCUACUACUAAUGAGUGCUAUGAGAAACGAAAGCACAAGAAGCCUCCUAUGUGUAAAAACAACGAUGAUUCAAAUGCAGCCUGGUAUGUACCGCUACAAGCAUGCAUGCAUAAAGUGCCGACCAAUGUGGUUGAGAGAGGGAGCAAAUGGCCCGUGAGCUGGCCUCGUAGGCUUCAAACACCUCCCUAUUGGCUAAACAGCUCUCAAAUGGGAAUCUAUGGGAAGCCAGCUCCACUAGACUUCACUACAGAUUAUGAACACUGGAAGCACGUUGUUAGCAAAGUAUACAUGAAAGAAAUGGGAAUCAGCUGGUCUAAUGUGAGGAAUGUAAUGGAUAUGCGAGCUGUCUAUGGAGGGUUUGCAGCAGCUCUAAAAGACUUGCAAGUGUGGGUCAUGAAUGUUGUAAACAUAAACUCACCAGAUACAUUACCUAUAAUCUACGAGAGAGGCUUGUUUGGAAUAUAUCAUGACUGGUGUGAAUCUUUUAGCACAUACCCACGAAGCUAUGAUCUCUUGCAUGCAGAUCAUCUCUUCUCCAAGUUGAAAGCAAGGUGCAAUCUUGUUCCAGUAAUGGCAGAAGUGGAUAGAAUAGUUAGACCAGGAGGCAAACUUAUUGUUCGUGAUGAAGCCAAUGUGAUAAGAGAAAUAGAGAAUAUGUUGAAGUCACUGCACUGGGAUGUUCAUCUAACCUUCUCUAAACACCAAGAAGGAAUAUUAAGUGCACAAAAAGGAUUCUGGAGACCAGAUACAUCUCAAACUUCCACCUGAGAAAGAUGGUAAAUCUGCAAACUGAAAUAGCAGAAGCAGCAUUAUAUAUAUUAUACAUUUAUCAACCAUAUCUAUAAGUCUGAACAUUCUUGCUUGUUGCUAGAGUUGGAUAAAGAUUGUCAAGAAUAAGCAAAUAGUGUUGUUAGUCUUGUUAAACUGUAGACUAAUUAGAACAAUUUUUUUCUUCACCUAUGUCAUAUAGAAAAGGAAAGCCCAACCAAUAAAUGAAAUUUGUUUUGUAUGAAAAGUUAUGUACAAUAAUAUAUUAGAACAACGGAAAUAUAAAAGUAAAACCUAAUUUUAUCAAUUUGGUGAUUUUUUUUAAUAUGCGGCAUUUAACUUAAAAACUAAAUAUAUAAAAUCUGACUCAAAACAAAAUUUUACAUAUAACAUUUGUUUCAAAAUGUUCUGAUCAACCAAAUAUGUGCUAUCCUACAAGGUAAUCUCCACUCUAAGACCUUAGGACCAUAGAUAAUGCAAACAUAGCCAAAUUACUCAUCUGUAUAGUGGAAUUCACCUUGCAUCAUAAAGGAAGAUCAUAGAUUACAUAAAUACUAUUAUGAGUAUCUUAUACAUGGUAUAUUUUAUAGGUCUUUAACAUAUUGAGUCUUUUUAAAUUUGGAAUUUUCUUAAAAGCCUAAACUUUUAUCAAAAUUCAAUGGUUCAUCUGUAAUAGUUGAUGAUCGAUGCAUGUUAGAACUUAAAUUGCUAUAUGAAAGAACACAAAUAUUUGAAGUUAACAAAAUAUCAUAUGGUUGAUUAUUAUAUUCAUAUUUGGAUAUUGUUUUAAAGAUAUAGGUACACAUUACAAAAAAAACAAUUAAUUAAAUCGCUCUUAUCUUGAAUGAAAAAUGAUGGUUUGCGAAUCUUAAUGUUUCUUAUUCAUUUGAUAAGAUUUGGUGUAUUACAAGAACAAAUAUGAUUUAUUCCAUUGGGAAAUUCUAACCAUAAGAAUAUUUAGCUCAAUUUCAAGAAUGAAAUCAGUAACAAUAUUCGAAAAUUUCAGGGGAUCAAAAUCAUCAUAGUAAAAGUAAGCUAAAUUUGGAAUAUCAAAAGUUAUGCUUUAUUAUGAGGCCUAUCAAACUAUUUAAAGAAUAAAAUGGCCAAAUUGUGGUAAUCAGACUAAUUAUAACUAGAAAUAUGACAAAAGAUGCUAUUGAGUAUUUAGAGAUCACAAUGACCAAAAUGUAUACAAUCCAAUUUAUUUUAAACCAUACUUACUUGGCUAGGAGGAACAUAGUUGGUUCCAUGUUUAGUUGAUGGCUUUCAAAUGAAUAUAUUUUGAUAUUGCACUUUACUUUAGUCAGAUUAAUCAUAAAUUGUUAGGUUUGUUAUGUUUUGGUUGGACUAAACUCAAUUUGAUAUACUUUGUUCCACGAUAGCAUACAUGUACCAAUUUUGAGUAAUAUUAUUUUGGUUUAUAUUCUAAUUUCUUAUUUGAUAUAAAAAAAUCUAAACAUUUGUAAAUGAUAUCCAAGACUCCAACGAUAUUGCAAGAUGUCAAAAUUAACUGAUCAUUUGUCGUUGAUGUUUAUUUGUUAAAGUGAAUCUGAAAACAUCAAAACUAACAAAAAUAAUAUAUUACAAAGUUAAGACUUUAUUGUUCAUGCUUUAUCAUCAACCGAUUGGUAUUGAAAAACUUUUUGUGUAUCAAAACGAUAAUCCGCGAUCGGAAAGCACGAGUUUUUUAGAUUAUAUUAUAAUACAAAAUCUUAUUAUAUCGAAAAAUAUAAAUUUUAACAGUUAUAUAAUCUACGAAUUAUUUUUUUGAGAUUUUAUAUGCACACUUUUACGUAAGUUUUUUUUAGGCAUAAGAAUUAUAUUCGGAU